UCUUCAUAGACCUCUGUUUUGUUUUUUUCCCCUGGUUUGUUAUGUUUGCUUGUCACAGUGUUAUCACGCCCCAGUUGGUGCAGAUAAAUGUCGUAUAGAGAUUUGAUAGAUGCGCAUUAACACUCGCAUGCUGAGCAACACCCAGUCAGUCCAUGGCCGAUCAGCAUGAGUCCAUCGAUCUCAGGUCUCCUCCUGCGGAACCGGCGGCGGCUGCAGGACACAGCUGGUUCCCCGGCCCCCCUCCGCCCAUCUACUCCUGCACUCUGACCCCCGAGCUGGUGGCCAAGGCGCGGGAGGAGCUCCAGGAGAAGCCAGAGUGGCGUCUGCGGGACGUCCAGGCACUGAGAGACAUGAUCCUGAAGGAUCAGCCCAACCUCAGGACCAGGCUGGAUGACGCUUUCCUCCUGCGCUUCCUGCGGGCCAGGAAGUUCGACUACGACCGCGCCCUGCAGCUGCUGCUUAAUUACCAUGCGGGCCGGAAAGCCUGGCCAGAGGUGUUCCAGGACCUGAAACCAUCCACUGUGAAACACGUCCUGGACCUGGGCUUCCUCACCGUCUUGCCGCAGCCCGACCCCAAUGGACGGUACAUCCUCUGUCUGCGGCCAGGAAAGUGGAAACCGAAUGAUUAUCCAUUUGUUGACAAUGUUCGGGCCAUCUAUCUGACUCUGGAGAAACUGAUCCAGCCAGAGGAAACUCAAGUGAACGGUAUCGUCAUCUUAGCCGACUACAGCGGCGUGGGCAUGUCCCAAGCAUCCAAUCCAGGCCCGUUCCUCGCCAAGAAGGUUGUGAGCAUCCUCCAGGAUGGUUUCCCCAUCAGAAUCAAGGCUGUUAACAUAAUUAACGAGCCCAGGAUUUUCAAAGGAAUCUUUGCUAUUAUUAAGCCUUUUCUCAAGGAGAAGAUGGCAGAGAGGUACAUCCUCCACGGGUCGGACCUGCGCUCUCUGCACCGCAACAUCCCGCGGUCGGUCCUGCCCGAGGAGUACGGCGGGGUGGCGGGACACCUGGACAUGUCUGCGUGGUCCAGAAUACUGCUGGACUCGGAGGAGGAGUUCAUAGUGGAGUUCUGCCAGCCGGAUCCACUAGAGGGCGUCGUGCCUCCAGAUUCCAUGCUUUAUGAGGGAGAACAAGCCAGUGGGCAGGACGACGAUACCUUCAGGGGGCUGCGCUCUCAGCUGUACUACUGUUACUGACACAUGCGGCAGAUCCACUCCCAUCACUGAGAGGACAUUUUCUGUUUCUUUUGAAACAUGUGUUUAGAGUUUUACGGGGCAAGUUGCCAAUAUUGUACAUUAUUUAUUUUACUAAUGUAGACAAAAUAGUGCUCUCUAGUCUAUACAUAGCCCAGCAUUCGAUCAUAGUUCCAAGGCAGCUUCAGGCUCUGGCAGAGAGGCCUGUGCCAUGAGCUGAUGCAUGUUUAUCAUUGUUGGUGGCCUGUAUGAAGCAAUCCCUUGGCAUUUAGUAUUUUCCGCUGAGGAAGAAUUCUAAAAAAGGCAUCCCAAACUCACAUCACUUCGCCCUGUUCAGAAUCUGCGUAGUGGACUGGGUACUUGCUAUUCCUGCCCUCUGUGCUCAGAUAGUUUGCCCUGCAACUGUUCAAAGGGUGAAACAGCAUUUUGUGUACGUAUCCAUGUUCUACAUUGCCUUACUCUGUUAAAGGUCAGUAGAUUUUCCCGGGGACGUAUGAAAAAAAAACGCGUUGAAAUUGUGUGUACCAAAGCAAUAUUCAUGUGCAUUCUCAUCAGGGCUCAUCUUACAUAAGAAUGGGUAUACUCUCUACACUCUUUGUUUAUAAUGUUAAAUAGCUGGUUUCUGUGGUAAACAAAAAGAAAACAUACUGUACAUUUAAAUGUUGAUGCUGUAUACCUACCUUAUGUAUUCCAAGCCAAUUGCUUAAAGGAUGCUUUAGUCCUCUCGAGCUUGAAUCUACUGAACCUAGAGAGGAUUCUUGUUUCCAGAUUCAGAUAAUCUGCCUUAUGGUUUCUUUUUGCAUUUUUACACCAACAUUGAACCAUUGCCUGUGUCUCAUCACUCAGUCUUAACACAGGGCCAUUACUGAUCUCAGAAGCCACAGAUACAACACUCUGUGUGGAUGUCUGGUUUGCCAAAUUUUACAGAAGGCCAUUUAGAGAUUAGAAAUGUGCAAUAAUGUUGCAUUUGGUAGUCUGUAGAUUAUAGUCUGAAUGUUUUUUUUUUUCUUUUUUUUGUCUUUUAGUUGUAUUCCAAAUCGUGCAAGUAUUAUUUUUUUAAGCAUGUCUGUUAUUUCAAGAUAUCAUGUUACAGAAUAUCCACUGAUGGUAGUGAAGACAAUAAACUCAAUUUUGAAUGGAAAA